AUGGUCACCGUGUCCAGUGCCCGCCACCGCACACGCAUGCUGAGUCCGCAGCCCGGCCUAUAGCAGCAGCUCAGCAUCCAGAUGUGGUGAGGCUGGGACUGCGGCCAGGGUGAAGUGGGGAGCACCCACGGGGCACUGUGCUAGGGCUGUGGCUGUGCUCCAGAUUGAAAUCUCAGAAAGGGCUGGAGAUGUGGGGCCGACUUCACAGCACCUCUGGGCAUCUGGGAAGGGGACCGACAGUGGCCCAAGAUGGUGACAGCCGAGUCCUGCCUGAGCAGGGGACUGUGUGCCUUUCCAGGCAUGGGGUGUGGACCCCCGGGAGCCUCCCAUGCUCCACCCAGCCCUGUCCACCUUCCACAGGGCCACGGUGAAGCCAGUGCUGGUCCUGCUGCCCAUCCUGGGCCUCACCUGGCUGGCUGGCAUCCUGGUGCACCUUAGCCCAGCCUGGGCCUACGCCACCGUCGGCCUCAACUCCCUCCAGGGGCCGUACAUCUUCCUGGUCUAUGCCGCCUGCAACAGGGAGGUGCGGAGCGCGCUACAGAGGGUGACAGAGAAGAAGGUGGUGCUCGCAGUGGCCAGCGGGGACCCGACGCCCUGGCCCGCACCUCCCAGAUGCGCUCCCAGGACGACCCUGCAGCCUGGGGUCCCCCAGGAAGACAUGUGGCUCUCAGAGGCACCACCGGCUCCAGGAUCCUCGAAGCCUUCUCCUCAUCACAGAACCCAAGAGAUCGGUGAGGCUGGGUGGCAGGCGGGGUUGGGGUCUGACAGGAGCUGCAGGCCCUGGGGACCGGGACUUGGCUCCGGUCCUGAAUGCCAAGGCCACCAGGUGGAGGGUGGUGCCAUCGCCAAGGUAGCCAAGGGAGAGGGAGGUGGGGUGGGGGCCCAACCUGUCCCUUCUGGGGGCCCACCGUAUCCCUUCUGUCCUCGGGCUGUGGAGCUGACAGCAUUAACUGAGCAUAACUCAGGUAUGGGUCCCCCUCCCCUUGGGCCCAACACCUCUCACCUGGCCCCAGUUGUCAGAAGCAUCCACACCAACCUCCCCCAGCCAAGGGACUGGUGCGGCCCCCCCACCCCCUACCGCGCACUGGCCUGAAAGUCCCCCUAGGCCCCACUCAGGGAGAGGACUGAGGUCUAGGAGCCAUGGGGAACCCCCUGCCUGCCAGCCUCUUCAGCCUGAGUCCCACACUCACCACCCAAUCCUGGGAGUCAAACCUAGGGCCUAUACACUGAGCUGAAUCCCCAACCCUUUUUUACUUUUUAUUUAGGGACGGGGUCUCCUUACAUUGCAGAGCUGUCCAGGCUGGGCUUGAAUUUGGGAUCCUCCCGCCUCAGCCUCCCACACAGCUAGGAUACAGGGCUCACCACCACACCAGGUUUGAGUUCCCACAAUCUCAAACCAGCACUGCCCAGCCUCACACUCUGGCGUUUCCACCGGGACCCAGAGGCCUGGAUGAGGAGCUCUCCGCAGUGACCUGGGAAGCAUGCUGCCCGCCCCAAAGCAGGAGCCAGGCCCACCUGCACAGAUGGGGAAACUGAGGCCCGGCUCCAGUUCAUAGGUGUGUCUAGCUCGGCAGGACUUGGGGCCGCAUCCCGGAGCCCAGCCUGGACGUGAGGUGCAGCUGGCCAUCCCAAGAGAGGACAGCAGGCGGCACCAGCCCUCUGCACCUUCCCUGGGGGCGUGGCCCCUCCGGGAGCUGGGCUCCCCCAUCCCCUCCUCUUGUCUGAGGCGCCUACCCCACCUCGCCCCGUGUCCUGCCCGGUGUCUGGUAAUAAACCGCACUUGGAGUCUGUGCUGUCCCUGACUGGGAUCCUCCUGGCCUGGGAGGGGAUAGAGACGCCAGGUUCCC